AUGGCGGUACCUGUAGAUCUCGAUAUUGAUGCGAUUCUGGACGCGGCCGAAACAGAACAGCGCACAUCUAAGGACUCAGUCCCCAUACCUACGCAUAGCAUCAACGGCGAUAUCAAAAUGACAGCUCAAGCUCUGCCCAAAAAUCCACUGGAAGGCUUCGUCAAGCUGCACGACAAAGUCCACAUCUAUGCACCAUCGACAUCACCGCCUGCCGAUUGCAAUGACCCUGGCUUCAUCUUCUUCUGCUCAUGGGCAUUUGCACAGCCUCGUCACAUUUCCAAGUACCUCAAGGGUUACCAGUCCAUGUAUCCUCACAGCACCAUUCUGCUGGUCCAGAACCAGAUAAACAACAUGCUCUUUAGUCCGGACUCCUGGCAAUUUGCAGCCUACUUCAAUCUGGCUGCGCAGCAACUGCACUCGUACAUUGACUCUCUCGGCUCCGCCACGCCGCGUAUUCUCCUCCAGACCUUCUCCAAUGGUGGUUCCCACAGCGCUGUGCAAACAGCCGAGGCCUACAAGAAGCAGUACGGCUCCGACCUUCCCAUCUCCGCCAUGAUCCUGGACAGCACGCCGGGCAAGCCACAUUGGAUGGAGACUGCGAGCGCAAUGAUGCAAGGAUUGCCCAAAUCGGUCCCAGUACGAGCAGUUGGCGCGGUGGCGAUUCAAACCACACUUGCGGUGACAACGUUGAUGCAUGUUACCGGGAUCGCAGAGCUGGCAACGUGGAAGUUAUACCGCACGCUCAACGAUCCGAAUGAGGCAUUCCUUAAGGCGCACAUCCCUCGGACAUACAUUCACAGCCAGAAGGAUGUCAUGAUUCUAUCCAGAGAUGUCGAGGCCCACGCAGAGAUUGCAAAGACUCGUUUACAAGAGAAGGCCGCAGAGGGUGACAUGGUUAGGGUGGAGGAAUUUGUUGAUACAGUACAUGUCAAUCACAUGGCUUCGGAUCCGGCCAGGUAUUGGAAGAUUGUGCAGGAUACAUGGGACAAGGCACUGCGGUAA